GCGAGUGGCGCCAAAGUCUGACAACAAAGCGGCUGUUUGGGUCGUUAAGUUCAGUCGACCUCCGCCUGAAGGAACGGUUCUGUUCUACAGACACACCGUAACUCUGGAUUAAACAGUUUGACCGGAAGUUACCGUUUGGAGCCGCAGAAUGUCAACAUCAUGACCGCGAAGACGGACCAACUUCUUAUUGUUGUUUCUGUUCUGGAAGGCCGUCACUUCCCGAAGAGGCCCCGCCUCAGUCUGGUGGUCCAGGCGAGCUUCGAUGGCGAGCAGCUGGCCACAGAUCCGGUGGAGCACCGAGAGCAGCCGCAGUUCAGCACCGAGCUGGCCUGGGAACUGGACCGCAAGACUCUGCACCAACACAGGCUGCAGCGGACCCCCAUCAAGCUUCAGUGUUUCACCCUCGACCCGGUCAGUCAGAAGCAGGAGAACGUGGGCUACAUCGUCCUGGACCUCAGAUCUGUUCAGGAAGUCAGACAGGAUCCUCGCUGGUAUCCUCUGCUCAGCAGUAAAUACACCAAGCAGAAACCAGCUCUUCUCAUCAGGAUGAUGCUGGAGAACGACUCCAGGACCUCCCAGCCCUCCCCAGAAAGGUUCAAAGCCAAGAAGGCCCCCCCUCGACCAGGUUCUCUCUCAGGUUCUGUCCCGGUACCUGACCCGCUGCAGGCCCAGCUGGUCCCAGAGCAGGGCUACCAUCAGGUGGGACCUGCAGAUGUGUGCAGGGACAUGUUUGUCCUCUCCGUCACCGUGGCCUUCACCACCAACCUGGAACAGUUGGUUCCCAGCACAAAGAAGCUGUCCUCAGAGGACUCUGGGUUCUUCUUCUACUACUCCUUACUGGGGAACGACAUCACCAGUGAGCCCUUCCAGAACCUACUGAGACCCGACUUUGAGCCGGAGCGCGCCUCGGUACGCAUCCGCAGCAGCAAACAGGUCCUGCAGGUCUUCCUGUCUCAGCAGCCCGCUUUACAGGUCCACCUCUGCUGUGGGAAUCACUCUCUGGGCAGCGCUGAAGUCCCCCUCUCCGUCCUGGCUGCUGCUUCAGUCUUCGUGGACGUGAAGCCGGCGACCGUGGAGGGAGCGUUCACCCUGCAGCCGCUGAGACGCACCAAGCUGCCGGACCUGCCCGCUGACCUGCAGCCCACUGUGGGCGUGGCCAUCACCCUGAGGAGGGAGGAGGGGCCUCUGCAGCCAUCAGAGGAGAAGUCUUCUCCUGCAGCUCCACGUCUCCCUGAUCCUCCUCCAGCAGAGCAGGACCCUCCAGACUCAUCUGCUCAUAGACCUGCUGACCUUCCUCCUGGCCCUCCUGCUCUUCCUCAGUCUCACACGGAGAGUGCAGCAGAGAGUCUCCUGGAGGAGGUCCACAAAGAGCCUACAGGAGCAUCAGAUGAUGAAGCCCCUCUGCUCCAUCAGCCUGAGACCACCUCAUCGUCCAUCAGUGUGUCUGCUCCUAAAGUCUCCAUCCCAUCCUCGGCUCAUCACUACUGCUUCUCUCUGGACCUGCGCAGCCUGGGGAAGUUCAGCUUACCUCAGCCCAUCUCUGCUAUGCUCAGGUACUCGUACCCUUUCUUUGGCAGCGCAGCUCCCAUCAUGACCAACCCACCUGUGGAGCUGCAGAGGAACACACAGGUGAACCUCCCUCAGUCCUUCUGCGCCUUCGACUUCGCUGCGCUGCCCCACCAGCUGCAGGACACCUUCCUCAGGGUUCCUCUCCUGGUGGAGCUCUGGCACAGAGGCUCCAGCAGCAGAGACCAGCUGAUUGGACGAGCCUCCAUCCUGCUGUCUCACCUGCUGAGCUCUUCCAGAAGCAGAACUGUUGGACCUUCUGGAGAGCAGAGCUGGAAGCAGACCCACCAGGACCAGAUCCCUGUGGUCCACCUGCAGAGGUCCACAGAGAAAGUAGCAGAGCUGAGCUACGAGGCCACGCUGGAGGACCUCGGGUUCAUCAGACCCAAACAGGUGGUGGUGUCAGAGUCCUCCCAGAGGGACGUCCCAGCCUGUCCUCAGCCGUCUGCACACCCAGCAGCUCCUCUGUCCACCAGAGACACCCCCGAGUACCGAGCAGCUCUGGAGCUGGAGCUGUGGAAGGAGGAGCAGGAGGACCAGUUUGAUGACCAGCUGAAGCAGAGGGAGCUGAGACACAUGCAGGCGUUGGCCGAGGAGUGGAAGAAGAGAGACGCAGAGAGAGAAGCUCUGGUCAGGAAGAAGGAGCUGGAGUUCAGCCUGCUGGAGGACAAGCUUCAGAAAACUCUGUCAGACCUGGAGACCAGAGAGAAACAUCUGGCUGAGGCCCAGCUGCAGGUGGAGCUGGAGAGGAAGCUGGAGUCCAGCACCAAGUCCAAACUUCACUACAAGCAGCAGUGGGGGCGGGCCCUGAAGGAGCUGGCCCGCUUCAAACAGCGGGAGCAGGAGAACGCCGCGGCGCGCCUCAAGAGGCAGGAGGCGGAGCUGGAGGCCAUGAAGCUGCGUUACCUAGCAACAGAGGAGAAGGAGGCGGUCCGACAGGACCGUCAGGAGCUGGACGACAUCAGGAACCAGCUGAACAGGUUAAAAAAACAGGAGGACAGAUUAGGCCCCGCCCCCUCUGACCCCGCCCCCAGCUCCAACCUUAACGAGAGCUCAGAGGAACACCUGAGCCGUCUGCUGGAGGAGAGAGACACACUCCUGAGGACCGGAGUGUACACACAUGAAGACCGCAUCAUCAGAGAGCUCAACACACAGAUACAGGAAGUCCUGAGGGACAGGAACCUCUGACAGCCAAUCAGAGAGCAGCUGACCUCUGACAGCCAAUCAGAGAGCAGCUGACCUCAGAGAGCAGCUGACCUGUGACAGCCAAUCAGAGAGCAGCUGACCUGUGACAGCCAA